AAUUGAAAAUUUGCCAGGUCCUUCUUCCUCUCCGCAGCUUUGCCGCUCUGCGCAGUCGGAGUGAAUCGGAAUUGCUCUGUUUUCUUCUUCUUCUUCAUCUUUUUCUUCGGUCCAAUUCCAUGAAGCUGAGAGCUUUCUCUGCAGCUCUAUCUCCUCCCGCAGCAGCGGCUCAAGCUCGGCGGAGCUUCAGAUCAGACGCCGCGUUGGAGGCCAUAGCGAGGGCGAGCGGAGACAGGGUCCCCAACGUCGCGCUCUACAACUAUCCUUCCUUCUCUGGCGCCUUCUCCGCCCUCUUUGCCCGCCUCUUCCACGACCGCCUCGGCCUCCCCUGCCUCAUCCUUCCUUUCUCCUCCGUCGAGCCUCUCAGGGUCGAAGACUUGUACACUGAGGGGAUUGAGAGAUGCUAUCUUCUCGAUUUACUCGGCCCAAGAGAAUUUCUUGCAACGUUAGCACAGCGAUCUUCUUGCAAGAUAAUAGCGUUUGAUCAUCGGAAAUGCAUGCUUUCACGAGUUCCUCCCAGGAAGGCUUAUCCGGAGAAUGUCAGUAUUUAUAUCAAUACAGAAAAGAGCAGCUCUUUUUCCGUGUAUGAGUACUUCUCAGCUAAACUUAUGGAGGCUCAGUCUCCUAAUGAUGGGGCUGUAGCAAGUCUCUUUGAACCGAAGGACCGAGACCGUGUGGAGACAGUACUUAAGUACAUUGAGGAUGGAGAUCUUCGUCGUUGGAGUUUAACGGAUAUCAGAGCCUUUAAUAUUGGAUCAAGCGAAUGGCGUUCAAAGUUGAACUGCGUCACUAAUCCUUACAUGUAUGAACAGUUAUUGGAAAUCAGUUUUUCGGAUUUGAUUGCAAAAGGAAGUUCUUAUAUAUCAUCUAGGAAGAAUGCUGCGGCUAAAUUUCUUGAUAAAGUAUUUAAGGUUAGAUUGGGCAGAGGACUUUAUGGGGAAUGCCUGGGAGUGAGGGCAGAUGGCAGUUCCGACUUGAGUGAUGAAAUCGGGAAGCAGCUCAGCCUAAAGAGUGCUGCAUCAGGUUUAAGGCCUAUAGGAGCAGUUAUAUACAUGCAGCGGAAUAAUCUCAAGAUGUGCUUGAGGAGCAUUGAUGAUACGACUGAUACAUCAGAAGUUGCUAAGGCAUAUGGUGGUGGAGGAACCCCGAGGUCCAGUUCUUUCAUAAUAAAGAUGGACGAAUACAAUUGUUGGCUAUCAGGGAACUGAUCUGGAGUUGGAGGAAGAUCCGAACUGCUGGCUAAAAAGAAGGAAUAUUUGGUCCAUUCAACCACAAAGUAACAGCUCAUGGGGCUCGAGGAGGAUCUUAAAGCUAAGGGAAGUAGCCAGGCCUAUGAUCAGCUGCCCAGAUGAGGGCCCUCUAUGCAGCAUUUACUCUAUCAGCUGUCAGUAAGGACAUGUCCUGCUAGGCAGAAAGUGGUGUGGCACGAGCUGAUUUGGUUUUCUGGACACAUCCUGGUGUACCCUUCCUGGUGCAUCUUUGCUUGGGGCAAGAUAAUGUCGCUGCGCGUUCUGCAACUUUGAGGAGGAAACUCAACAUCUUCCUUUGUCUACUUACCAAGGAGAUAUGGAGUAAUCUGCUGACCUACUGUUGCUGAACAGGACUCCUGCAAAUUGGGAUGCUGAAUUCUUAUGUGCAUUACAAUGGAAUAGGAAGUCCCUCCAAACUGUCAUUAGGAAGUUUUGUUGGACUCAUUACUUGCGGGACUUAGGAUUGCUUCACUGCCUAAUUUUGGUUGUCAGGUAGCUGAUUGCCCCUUUCUUCAUCAUUCAGUUUGAAAUUGAUGUAAUAUUCACUUAAUCUUGUACACAUUUUUUUUUUCCCGAGGAAAUAAAAAGUCGUACUUGUUCAAAAAAA